AUGCUGAGCCUUGCUUUCAGGAUCCUCGCCAUUGCGGCGUGCCUUUAUGGCAUCGCCGAAUGUGCGCACAUCAGUAAAGAAGUUCUGAAAGACCACGUCGAUAACCCACCCAACUCCUUCGAGCCCCUGUCAAAGGAACCGACGACUCGGAAGAAUGCCCUCAAAUCGAAGCAAAUGCUCGAUCCAUCGCUGGGGACAAAUCUGACUGCAAAGGAGAAUCCUGCAGCAAUCCUGGUAGAGCUCGCCAUGACAUUCGUGAAGAUCAUGGAUGGCACCCUCAAACGUCCAUUUCUCAUGAGUGCAUCAGCGCAAAGAAUGCGGAAGUAUGCUCACUGGACCGCGUCAAGGACGCAAAUUCACCCGGCAAUCGCUUGA